AUGUCUACAGAAAAUAUUCGAUUGCGCGCGCCUUUGAAUGUUUUGCAUAAGCAAACGCCGCGGCACAAACUCACUACUGUUUACCAUCUCGUUAAGGACUUGAAAUGGAUAUUAUUAUUGCUGAAAGUUUUCGGAAUCAUACCUAUUUUCCAAAUUGUACACGCAUUCAAACUUACGCCGCCCAAAGCGAGAAGCUACUCCACACUUUACACCAGCUUCAUGCGCAUCUUCGCCUUCCUUGUGGUAGUACUUGACACAUUACUCAUCUUUACCCCCACGGGUGGUGCGAAGAUUUUUGUCUACGGAGAAUUAGAUAAUGCCACCAUAGCAUUACAAAUUCUACUCAGCAUCGCCAUCUACGGCUUAAUCAUGUGGAAGAGCGCCUUUAAACCGCCACAUUUCAUAACCAUCAUCAACAGUUUGCUAAAUGUGGACAAAGCACUGCAGCUGCAUCCACGCGCGCCAGCUGCACUGCACAAUAAUUGCGCCUUCCACAAAGUCUAUGUGGGUCUAUUGGUGAUGGAGUCAUGCACAAUAUGGGUUAUGAAUUGGGUGAUAGUGAAAGAAUUAAGUCCGCGAUUCUUGAGUGUCGGAUUAUAUUUCCUUUAUUUGAAAAAAGCAGCGGCAUUUAACGGUUAUAUAAUAUUCGUAGCAGCAUUGUUGCAUUUGUUGGCCAUACGAUUUCGAUAUUUGAAUAAUUUCAUAGAAAUGUACACAACAAAGGAGGAUUUUUACGAAAACUUGCCAAAGCAGAGCGCAACGCACGCCAAUGUGCGUCAGGAGGGUGAUGAGAGUAAUGAAUUGGCGAUGCAAUAUUUUGCAAUUGACGCGCUAUUCUUCUACCGCAUGCACAAUAAAUUAUUGGAAAUAUAUAAAAAGCUGAACGAUUAUGUGCACAGCGUGUUGUUGUUUUUCAUCGCGCUUUUCUUCUACGCCAGCAGUAUGACGGCGUAUCAGUUAUAUUUCGUUGCGGAAAUGGAUACAAAUUUCCAAAUAAAAAGUUUGGUUUGGUGCGGUAUCUUUAUAUGUGUGUAUGUACCGGUUGCGGCACUGCUAAUGAGUUGUUGUGAUGCAGCUACUAAGGAGGUGAGUAUAAAAUUAAUAAGUGCAGCAAUAACAAUAAGCAGAAUUUUAUGUGAAUGGAAGUUAGAUUAG